AUCACAAAAUCCCACGAUCCCAUGCGUGAAGAAGAAUGAAUAACUCAACUUUGAUUCAUUUGGUGUCCAUAAAAUGGUGACCCACUGCAAUGCUUAAUCACAAUGUCCACAUCUUUCAGUUUCUUCAACUUCCACUCUUCCUUCUCUGCAUGAACACAACACAAAUUCUGGGAAACUCAAAAACCCCGUUUUUUUUUUUUACUAAUGAAAUCCCUUCAUCUCUCUCCCUUUUUUUUCUCACCCUUAUUUUCACGUUCCCUUUGUUUGUUGUUCCCUUCCCCUCAAACAAAACUUACACGGACGCGCUUUCUCUCUCGUUCUCUAACCGUUAAGGAAGAAAAGUGAUCAUUGCUUGCCACUUUGUUUGGCAUCAGAUUCUUUUGGAAGUUUCCAUUUUGAGUAUCUGGGCAUCUCUUUCCCCGGCUUUUCCUUGGUUUCCCCAACCUGGGUCUGUUUCAUUUUGCUGUCUUUGGUUCGUUCCUGCUUUCUCUGAUUCAAGAAAAUUGAGCAAUUGAGGUGUGAAAUGAUUAUUGUUUUAGCUUUGAUUCUCCUCGGGUUUUUUCUUGGGGUGGUGGUGGUUGUGGCCGCCGAAGCUUUUGGGUUGUUGUGGCUGGUAAAACGACUGCGUAGAACGAUCGACAAAGACCAAGCUAAAAUCGCGUCGAAAACGCAACCGAAUGGUACUCGAAGUGAUUCCCAUCAGCAGUUGCUAAAGAAGGAGGGUGUGGUUUGGGUUUUGGAGCCUGACAAGGUUUCAAAAUAUCGGGCAGAGAAACAUUCAAAAGAAUUGAAGAAGAAGAAAGAGGUGAUGGAAGUGACUCCGGUUAGGAAGUAUGGAAAAAUCAAUGGGCAGUCACUUGUGAUCACAGAUGCUGAUGGCUUUCACACCACCAUUCAGCUUAUCGGGUGCUCAGUGGAAGCUGUUUCAGCAACAAGUCUUCCUUCAAAAAAAUGGGCGAAAAAAUACCCCAUCAAAGUGGAUGCUAAGACGUCUGUGAUCUACCAUGGAAGCAAGACAGUUUACAUAUAUCUUGAGACUGCAUGUGAAAAAGAAGCAUGGUGUAAAGCCCUUCGCCUGGCGUCUUCUGAUAAAAAAGAAAAGCACCAGUGGUUUGCCCAGUUGCAAGAUGACUUUCACAGUUAUUUGAUGUCAUUAAAUACUGAAUAUCAUUCUCAUAUGAAACCAUCGGUAGGAUCAAGUGCUGAUGCAGUAGAAAGGGCUACUAAGUCUGAUGGGGGUUCCUCUAAGGUUCGUCAAUUUUUGAAAAAACUUACAAAAAAAUCUUCCCGAGUUGGCGUGGAAAAUAAAUCAGCUUGGACUUCAUUGUCAGGCCGUGAAGAAAGAAAGAGCACUGAGAAGCUCCGUGCUUGUCAAGAUGCAGUUCUAGCCACUAGUUACAUGAAAUUUACUUCAGCAGCAAACCAUCUAAAAGUUCCCUUGUUAGAGAAUGUUGCACCAUCAUCUUCAACCUUAUCUCAUUCAACAAGCCAGAGUCAAUUCUCCGAUGUAGAUGUAGAUGAAAAGUUAGGUACUGACGAAGGAACAUUAUGUUGGAAUUUGUUGGUUUCUCGACUCUUUUUUGAUGUAAAAGAAAAUGUGCUAGUGAAGAAAUCCAUACAAGAAAGGAUUCAGAGGACAUUGGGAAACAUGAGAACUCCCAGUUAUGUCGGUGAAGUAAUCUGUAGAGAAAUCAACUUAGGAAAUGUUCCACCCUGUAUAAUUCGAAUGAGGGUUCUUCCAAUGGAAAUGAGUGAGGCGUGUGCCUUAGAGGUUGACAUUGAAUAUGCUGGUGGUGCAUUGUUAGAGAUUGAAACAAGGCUUGAAGUAGGAGAACUAGAGCUCGAAAGGGAAACAAAGGACUCAAAUCCAGAAUCAAGUAAUGAUGAGGCUGUCCCAUCAGAUAUUCUUAAAGGAUUUGAAUAUUUGGGUGAGCAAUUGAAUCUUGAAGAAGGAAUGAAUGAUUUACAAGAGGCAAAAGAAGAUGAUGGGUCUAAGAGCUCUAAGCACAGUACAUCUUCCUCCUCUCAGGGAUCAAGAUGGAAGUCCAUGUUACAUUCUGUUGCCAAGCAUGUUUCACAGGUUCCUCUCACCUUGGGAGUAAGGAUAGCAUCCCUCAAAGGGACAUUGCGUUUACAGAUAAAACCACCUCCCUCUGAUCAAAUGUGGUUUGGUUUCACAUUUAUGCCUGAUAUAGACUUCUGCUUGGAAUCAUCUGUUGGAGAACACAAGAUAACGAAUUCACACAUAGCUUUGUUUAUGAUCAAUCGGCUCAAGGCAGCCAUCCGGGAUACUUUAGUGCUCCCAAAUUCUGAAAGUAUAUGCAUUUCAUGGAUGCUUGCUGAAAAGGAUGAUUGGGUUCCCAGGAGUGUUGCUCCGUUCAUAUGGAUCCACCACGAAUCGGGAAACGAGGCUUCAGCCUCAGUUGAAACCCAUAAUCAACCUUCUGGUGGAUUGAAAGCUAACGCAGGGACCUUAAUUGAUGGUCCAGAUCUCAGGCCACAUAAACCACCAAAGUGUACCAAAUCUAAUCAGGAACCAGCUAGGAAAUCAGAUUCUUUGGCGUUUCCACCUUUUUCCUCUUCUGCAUUAACAUUAAGGAGCAGCAAAAGUUCGGAAGAACUGACAAGACCCUUUUUAGAGUAUUGCAAACCACAAGAAACAAGAGAUUUACAAGAACUUGGAACUACUUCAUUGCAGAUCGACAAUACACACGAAGCUGAUGAAUUGGUGAAAAUGGGGGAUACUUCUGUUUGUGCAUCACCUCUCAGAAACGCGGUGAUGGACAAACAGGAUAGUUCACUUGAACGGGAUGAUUCAAGGCCAAGAAAAAUUGGGAGAAGGGAAAGAAUUCUUGAUUUGAAAAAAAGGAUGAGUGAGAAAUUUGAAGAAAAGAAGCGCAACAUUGUUGAGAAGAUGCGAGGACCAUGAGAAAUAUGGACCAAGUAAAUGUCAGAAUGCUUACAUAUUUGUUACUGAUUUUUUACCAUGUCAGAGAUUAGUGCCAUUCAUAAUAAGAAUGUGGGAUAUUAGGUAUUGUUUCAUUGAUGAGUUGUAUAUUUUUAGGGGUUAGAAGAUCAAAUGGAACUAGAUAUACACAUCACAGAGAAUACUCUUAUUGCAUUCCACGGGAGUUCCACAACACUGACGUAAUCCACUUGUAAAUUUGCAAUGGCCACAGGGUAAGAUAGAAUACACAUUUAAUUGUUGUGUACGAAUUAAUGUUGUUACAGAAAAUAAGAUAUACAUUUAUAGUUCUCA